AUGGCUUCUCGCCCGCGUUGCGCUGCUGUCCAGAAGGCCAACACAGCAGUAACUGACAUGGUCGACAGCGACAACCACACAGGCAGUCGGACACGCAGAACCAUGUCGUUCAGGUCUUCACUCGCCGAUCCGACACCAAACGAUACCAAGGGUUCCAAGGCCCAGAGUAUGUUGCCUGAUGACCAGAAGCCGCGGAGCGAUAGCGCAUCAACACCGGACGGCGCCCAACCUUCCACACCCCUCAGAAAAACAUCACACAAAAAGGCACCCCAGCCCGCGAUGAUCUUCAAAGACCUACCCGAGGGCGUUCUUCCCGGCACCGAAACUCGAGCCGCCCCGGCCAUUGUCCGGCGAUGA